CAUAAAUAAAAAAGAUGUCUGCAAAAAAUCGGGUCCUAAGCAAAUCCCAGGAGUUUAAAUUAAUGCGUUCCGAGUACGAGCUUAGAGUAAAUCAAUUGGAAAGAGAUGUUUACGAGUGCUGUAAAAUUCUGAAUAAAGUACGGAAAACUAAAGAACUAAAUAAUAACUGCUCAUCAGCAAAGAACGGCUGUGAAAAAGAAAAAUUUGUAUCCUGGGAGUUCGAUAUGAGAGAUUUCCCAGUGGAGAACAUUGCAAUUCAACUCAGGGAUAAGAUCGUGUAUCUUCGAGCCUUCAAGAAAAAUUUGGUUAUGAAACAAGAAAUAUUAUUGCCCCAAAAUGUGGAUAAGUCUAAAGUCACGGCAAUUUUGACAGCUAGCGGGAAUUUAACCAUAUCUGUUCCAAUAAUUACCGCUAUUAGAUGAUCUGAGGGUUACGUUUGAAAUUACUCAAGUAGAUUUGUUAUCAUUGCUUUUAUGUUUGUUCUACCCAUUUAUUAUUUUGUUAUUCUGACUAUAUAUUUUAAUAAAACUUUAUAAAAACUGC